GCAGAAGAGUAUUUUUAACGCUAUCGCCUCAACAGUGCACAGGAGAAGUCACCACGACUGAAGCGAAAAUGAUCAACUGGAAGGCUUUGGACAAUGUCCCCGUUCUCCUAUACAUUCUGGCCCUGAAGACACUGCUGCUGUGUUUAGCGUUUGCUGGGGUGAAGAUAUACCAGAGUAAGAAAGCAGAUGAAGCUCUGAAGAAGCAGCAGGCUGAGAAGAGGAGGCUUGCCCAUCAGACACAGAAGCUAAUUGACAAUUUGAAGGAAGACUGAGCAGAGGAGAAGCUGCUGUGAACUGGGAACCAUUCGAUUGAACAGAUCAUCAAGCUGCUUUUUCCAGAAUGAGCCAGGAGGACGUUACUUCAGGGUCUUUGGGAAUCCAGGACUGUUAACCACGUCACUUUUAUAUUUAUAUGUCUUGUAUUUAUGUCUGCCCAAGACAGAUUUUUAUAAACUACAAUUAGUACAGAAACCACAUGGGCUCAGAAGUGAGACUGAGAUGAGUCUGUUUUGGGGUUUUUCCACUGUGACAGAGCCAUUAUCAUUUGCCAAACAUCAUCUUCCUUGUAUGUAUGAGAGUAAAACACUGGCUUGGUGUAAAACUGUAAUGGCAGUGAAAUUAAUAAAUAUGGUUUUAAUGUAAGUCAAUCAGGCAUUUUGGCCAUGGAGGUGUCCAGAGGGAGUAACUAACAACAUUUAAAGAAUACUAUUGCAAUUAAAUCAAUUUUGUAAUAAAGUAAUUCAGAUAACUGAAAAUCCAUUCAUAUCAGGAAGACAGGACAGUUCUGAAUGAGUUACGACAUGUUUAGAGUGCUACAAUCUCAUUUAUACAGGCAACAGCAGAUAUUGUUAAUAAAAAAUUGUACCGAUAUCAACUUUAAUUACAGCAUAAUAAAGACGUUAUGAUAUGAAUGAUAAUCAUAAUAAUAGCCUCAAAACUGGAUCUGGAUCCUGCAGGCUGCAAGAUGAAGACAGAGAGACACAAACUAGGGAGAGAAAUAAUGUGAUGUAAUGAAGUCCUGUUCAUACCCUGAGUGAGAGAGUGAGUGUGAGUGCACCACAGGAAUUCCCCCAGCAGUCUGGGUCUAUAGCAGCUUAACUAAGAGAUGGUGAUUGUUUCCCUGAGCCACCCCUAACUGUAAGCUUUAUCAAAAAAGAAAGUUUUAAGUCUAACUUUAAACAUAGAGCGAGUGUCCACCACCCAAACCAACACUGGGAACUGGUUCCACAGGAGAGGAGCCUGGUAACUGAAGUCUCUGCCUCCCAUUCUACUCUUAUAGACUCUGGGGAACCACAAGUAAGCAUGCAUUUUGGGACCGAAGUGAUCUGUUGGGAUGAUAUAGUAACUUUCUAGUUCCUAUUAAAACUUGUGCUGCAGCAUUUUGAAUUAACUAGAGGGUUUUAAUAGACUUGUUGGAACAUCCAGGUAGUAAUGAGUUGCAGUAAUCCAAUCUAGAUGUAAUGGGUAACCCAUGAAUUAGUUUUUCAGCAUUUGAGGACAAAGUGUUUCUAAUUUUUAUGCGCCGCAGGUGAAAGAAGGCUGCUCUGGAAAUGAGUUUGUGUGAAUCAAAUGAUAUUUCCUGGUCAAAAAUAACUCCAAGGUUCCUCACAGUAGAGCUGGAAGCCAUGACAAUGUCAUCUAAGUUGUUCUCCAAGGUGUUUAGGGUAUAAUGACCUUGUUUUUUGUUCCGAGUCAUUUAGGGCAUUUAGGACUUGAUGUCUCUGAGACAUUCAUCAAGUCUGUAACAAAACAAAACAAUUCAUAGUUAACGACUGCAUAUUAAAUCAAAACUGCUGCAGUUACGAAUUGUCUACGUUUGUUAGAUCUACUGUGGUGAACGUUGGAUAUUCACUUCCACUAUAAAAGCUAUCAAUAAAUGUGGUAAAUCAAGA